AUGGGCAAGAUCCUCAAUUGGUGUCUUAACAGGGACCCGAAUAGGGAAUGUUGCACGAAGGAUCUAUAUAUAGUUACAGCGGCUCUUGAAAUGCCCGAGUGUCCGCGCGAGAAUCGCGUCGUUGGGGAGACGCUGACCGUCAACCAUCUCGUUGACUUGGCAGAAGAUGCCGCAAGGAAGAGGUUUGAUGUCAAAUAUCAUUCCCUGGAGACUCUUAAGGAAUUUCAGAUUCCUGAGCUUCCCGGACAUGAGAAUGGCUACAAGGAAUACCCCAGGGAGGUAUUGUUUGUAUUCCUGUCCAUUCUCCAUCGGUGGAUGGCGGAGGGUCUCGCGUCCAUCUCUACUGAGGGUUCUUUGAAUGAGAAAUCCCCCGAUAUUAAGCCAUUGACAGCCCAGGAGCUGAUGGGGAAGCAUUGGAAAUCGCUAUAA